AUGUCUGAAAGCAAAAGGGCAGCGGAGACCAGUCAACCUGUUGUCACCAUGGAUUCCUCAAAUAUCAUCAACGUUACUGUGAAGACCUUCAAGCAGAAGGAGAAAUUUGAGGUUGCUCAGAGCAGCACCAUCCAGGAAUUUAAGGAAGAAGUUGCCAAGCGUUUCAAAACAUCCCCUGAUCUACUGGUCCUGAUAUUUGCUGGGAAAGUCCUCAAGGAUCAAGACACUUUGAGCCAGCACGGAGUUCACAGUGGGGUCAAAAUCCAUGUGGUCAUCAGGUCCCCAAAGAACCCAGAGGACAUCCUGUCUGAUCAAGAAAGAGUGACCACCGUGAUGCGACCUCCCAGGCACAGCCUGGAUCUGAACGCCAUCAACAACAACGCGUUUUUGCUGGGGUUCCUCCUCGGGGUCACGGGCGUACAUCUCCUAGGCCUGGACUCAACAGACAUGUUGGACUUGGAGCGUAGCAUUCAAGAACAAGAUGUGUCCGCACACGGCUUGAGAGGCGAGAUGAUGCAGAGCACAUUCAUGGAGAACAUCCUUGACAAUGCUGAUCUUGUCAGGGACCUCCUCAUGUCCAACCCUCAGAUGCAGCAGCUGGCUGAAGAAAACCCCGAGAUCGGUCAGAUUCUCACCAACCCACAUACUACCAGAGAAAUAUUAGAGGCCUUCAGCAGCCCUGCCGUAAUGCAAGAGAUGAUAAGGAAUCACGAUGUGGCCAUGAACAACCUCGAAAGCAUCCCCGGGGGGUACAGUGCUCUGGAGCAGCUGUACAGGGAAAUUGAGGAGCCCAUCUUGGAUGCUGUGCAGGCACAGCUGGGCAACAACCCGUUUGCUUCCCUGAACAGUAACUCACCCCCGAGCGGACCCAGGCUACCAGCCCAUACUGAAAACCGGACGCCGCUACCCAACCCUUGGGCUCCACAGCCCGACAGAGGCAGCGAUAAUGCAGAUGACUCUGACAGCCAAUUUGUCAGCAGCAAUGCAGGCGAAGGUUUUAUCUCGCCGAGUGUGGGUACGGCAGCCGGCGCAGUGGUACCCAACGCGGGGCAGGCUCAGAGCGUGGUUCAGCAGCUGACAGGAGACCCAGACCUCAUGCACGAGCUAGGAACUGCGCUGACGAACCCCAGCAGCCCAGCACAACUGCUGCUGAAUAGCCCUCAUCUAUCCAGCGAUGAAAAUUCUCUACCUCCAGAUCAAUGGGCGCAGCAGCUGCCACCGGAGAUGGAGAACGCUGAGAUUUCAUCCUUGCUGAGAAACCCCAGAGCGCUGCAGGCGUUGCUACAGGUCCAGCUGGGAUUGCAGACCCUCUCAGUAGAAGUACCAGAUUUUAUCCUUUGUUUGAAGGAGUCACAUGUGGAGCUGGAUCUGGAGAGCAUGGACUACUCGGCACCAAGCAGUGAGUCUGAGGAGGAUGUGAUUUUGGUGUCAGAUGAGGAAGAAGCAGAGGGUCAGAGGGAGGCGGAUGAGGAGGCACCACAGGUCAGAUUUAAGAAACAAAUGGAGCAGCUCAGUGCCAUGGGCUUCCAGGACCAAAGUGCAAACUUGCAGGCACUGAUUGAUGCAGAAGGAGAGAUCAAUGCAGCAGUGAAGAUACUGUCAAAAGCACCAUCAUCGAGCAAGGUACCGUAA